UGUGACUGUGACACAUGUAUCGUAAAUAUGAAUAUGUGAUGUGUUGAUUUUAGGUUUGAUUUGGAAUUGAAUAAUAAAAUGUAUAAAGUUAUGACUGUGCCGCUGUAAAAAUUUAAACAAAAAUGGAAUAUUUUAGAAGUGGACUUAAAUCUGUCUUAGGUACAACAACACCCGGAAAUCAGCCCACAGAUGCAGAAAUAGUUGAAAGAUUAUUUAGUCGAGUUAGUACGUCUACAUUAUUAGAAGAUAGAAGAGAUGCUUGUAGAGCUAUUAAAGCCCUUUCCAAGAAAAAUAGACUGGAAGUUGGGGCUCAGGGUCUAGACAUAUUGAGACAAGUAUUAGAACUGGACAGGAGUGACUGUGAAAUAGUAGGAUACUGUUUGGAUACCUUAUGCAAUAUAACGUCAAAAGAAACAUUUGAAGAGGAAAAUGAAAACCUAAAUAGACAAAUUAAUGUAGGAGAACAAUUUACAGAAAUGUUCCUUAAAAAUCCUGAAAAUGUGACAUUAAUUUUAGGAUUUAUGGAAGAAUACGAUUUUAGGGUAAGAUGGCCAGCUGUAAGAUUAAUGACAUCCUUAGUAGCAUCGAAACCAAAAGAUGUCCAGGAUAUCAUACUAGUCAGCCCCAUGGGUGUGUCAAAGCUAAUGGAUUUGUUGUUAGAGAAUCGGGAGGUUAUUAGAAAUGAUGCAUUGUUGUUGUUAAUUAAUUUAACCAAAUCUAAUGCCAAUAUGCAAAAAAUAGUUGCAUUUGAAAAUGCAUUUGAUAGACUUUUUGAUAUAAUAAGAGGUGAAGGUUGGACUGAUGGAGGUAUUGUAGUAGAAGAUGGGCUACUACUAAUGCUGAAUCUUUUAAGAAAUAAUAAUAGUAACAUCAACUUCUUCCAAGAAGGUUCUUAUCUACAAAGAAUUGCACCCAUGUUUGAGUUGCCUCCAAAUUUGGAGGAAAUUGGCUGGACUCCACAAAAAGUGUCUAAUUUUCUUUGUGUCCUGCAAUUGGUGCGCACUGUUGUAUCUCCAAAUAAUUCUGCACAAAUUAUCACUGCUUGUCAGAAAACUUUAAGAAACACUAAUUUAUUAGAAGCUUUGUGCAACAUUUUAAUGGCAAAUGGAGUACCUGCGGAUAUCCUUACAGAAACUAUCAACACAGUAGGAGAAGUAAUCAGAGGAAAUUUAACAAAUCAAGAAUACUUCACAAACGUAUUAGCACCCUCGAAUCCGCCUCGCCCAGCCAUAGUAGUUCUAUUAAUGUCCAUGGUCAAUGAGAAGCAGCCUUUUACCCUAAGAUGUGCGGUGCUAUAUUGCUUUGAAUGUUUUUUGUUUAAGAAUGAGAUUGGACAAGAAUUAGUGGUUCAAACUUUGCUGCCUAGCAACACUGCAGCUUCUAAUCUUAGUAUGGGACAAAUAUUGUGUAGUGGUUUAUUCAGUAAGGAUCAUUUGAGUAAUUGGUUUUCAGCUGUGGCCUUGUCUCACUGCCUCAUCGAAAAUCCAGCUCAGAAAGAACAGUUACUCAGGGUUUUAUUAGCUACUAGUUUAGGAUCUCAGCCUGUUAGUUUACUUCACCAAUGUGCAGUAUAUCUACAACAUACGAGUAAAUUACAAGCAAAACUUGGAGUGUUAAUGCUGUUAGCACAGUGGAUGUCACAUUCGUCAGAAGCUGUUAAAAUCUUUUUAAAUGUUCCUGGAUCGAUGGCCUACCUGACUGCGCAAACGUCUGCUAGCGAGUUUGAUAAUAACGAAGAACUCCUCCAGGGCCUUUGUGCAUUCCUGAUGGGCUUGUGUGUCCUAUAUAACGACAAUUCAGUACAAAAUUACUCGAAGGAAAACUUAAGUCAGCUAGUAGAGAAACGUGUCGGAAUUGAUACAUACUGCAAAAAAUUGGUCGAAAUAUCCAGACACGAAGUAUACGCCAAGGCAGCCAAGCAACCCCAAAUUAAAGCUAAACAUUCCAGCGAACUUUUAUUGGAGUUCGAAUUUUGCAAAUUAUUAAAAUCUCUGGAAGGAGUUAUUAUCCAAGCCUUAGGAGUUCAGCGAGAUCUUUCCAAUGGUAUGUCAGAGUUGAGCCUGAAUGAGCACGAGAAUGCGUUGUUGCUGCAAUAUAAAGAGCUCAUUCGGGAUCAGGACAAGAAAUUACAAGAGAGUCAGAAGACCAUUAAUAAUUUGCAGAAGUCAAUUCAAGAUCUAGAGGCACAAAUAAAAGAAUUGCACGAAACCAGCACCCAAUUGACUGACCAAAACACACUAUUGAAAGCUCAACUCGCAGUUAACCCUAGUAGUAAAUCAAGUCUCGAAACUAAUGAAAUACCGCCACCAGCUCCCGAUGUUCACCUUUUAGAAAAAAUUAAGAAACUCGAAGCCGAAAACGCCGAAAAAGAUGAAGAACUCGAACGAGUCAGAAAGGACCAGGACGAUUUGUUAGAAGUUUUGACAGACCAGGAUUUGAAAUUGAACAGUUUUAAGCAGCGAUUAAGAGAAUUAGGAGAGACUGUAGAAGAUCCAGAUUCAGAUAAUAAUUCAGAAAAUGAAAAUGAGUCGUGAUUUUUUAUAUUAUUUAUAUUUUUUAAUGAACUGUAUAUUAAAAACAAAUUUAAAUAUUUCGGAUGUUAUAUUCCAAAAAGUAAUAUAUUUAUUCGGAAACGAUAA